AUGAAAAAAGUUUCCAGGGGAAAAAUUCUUUUCUCAACGAAAUUACGAAAAGCUUUGCAGUCUAAUGAGAAUGAUGACCAAGUAUGGGAUGUUUAUAAAGAAUUGGUCAAAGAAGGAAACUUAGUACAUAUUGAUACUAAAUAUUUAAAUAGGUUAUUGAGAGCAAUCAAAAAUUUGGACAAUGAUGCAAAAGGAAGACUUGAUAAAUUUUUAAUGAUUUACAAUAAUUUGAAAGAAACCAGGAAUCAAAAAGUCACUUUAAUUCUUUUCAAUUAUUUGAUAAAAGCUUUUUUUGAAAAUGGAAAUUUGAAAAAGGCUAAAGAACUUUUUGAUGAAUUUAUUUUAACCUCACUUGAUGAUGAACAUGUGGGAAAAAAUUCGUUGGAGUAUUGUAAGAUAAUUAAUACAAUGAUGCUUGGGUUUGGAAGUCCGAGGUAUAUCUUAAACAACGAAAAUCAAAAGAUUAAAAAUCUUGGAAAUCUUCAAGAAGUUACGAAAUUAUAUACUUUAAUGCAAGAUAAGAAUAUUAAACCUAAUGGUGAUACAAAAUCUAUAGUGAAAAUUGUUUUCAAAAGGAAUCUUGACCAUGAUGAAAGUGAAACAUUGUCAUGGUUUAAUGAAUUAAUGGAUAAAGAAAAACUAGAUGCAGGAUUAAUAAAGGAAGUGGUGAUUAUACUUUCAGAUAAAAAGAAAUUUGAUGAAGCAACUAAGAUCUUAAACAAGCUGAAAUCAUUAAAAAUGAAAUGCGAUCCUAUUAUAUAUACCAAUUUAAUAGAAAAUUACACCUCAGAAAAAAUGUUUGAUGUUUCAGAUGGUUUACUUAAAGAAAUGGCAAUGCAAAAUUAUAAACUUGAUACUGCUUCAUACACCUCUAUGAUAAGAUAUUAUCAUCAAACAGAAAAUUAUGUUAAAGCACUUGAGGUGAUUGAAGAUAUGUUGGAAAUGAAAGCUGAUCCAAACCUUAACACAUUCAGAGAAAUUUUUCAUGUGUAUGCAAAAAUAAAUAAAGUUGACAAAAUUUCACAAAUGACUUCAAUGAUGAAGAAAAUGGGAAUAAAACCAGAUAAAUAUACAUAUUCAUCAAUACUUGAUUUAUUUUCAAAUAUUAAAAAUAUAAAAAUGAUGGAGAUGACUUUUAAUCAUAUGAUUAAAGAUGGAGUAGAUCCAAACACAGUAACUUAUGACAAUAUGAUACAUGGAUAUGGACGUGCAAACAAAUUGCAUAAAUCAGUUGAAAUAUAUCAAAAAAUGUUGGACGAAGGAAUAAAACCAGAUGUACGAACAUAUAAUGGUUUGAUAUCACUUUUUGCAAAAAAGAAUGAUUUGAUUGGAGCUUGUAUUUUGUUUAAUGAAAUGUGUGAAUUUAAUUUAACCCCUGACUUAUAUACAUACUCUUCUCUUUUGAAUGUAUAUGCAAGAACCUCAAGAUUACAGGAAGCAGAAGAAAUUAUCAACCAAAUGAAAAACAAUGGGAUUGAACCACAAACUGCAACCUAUAAUAUGUUAAUUAUGGGUCAUGCCAAGGAAGGAAAUAUGAUACGUGUACAAGAAAUUUUUGAAUAUAUGUUGAGUGCUUCAAUAAUUGCAGACCAUUACACUUAUUCUUGUGCGGCCUAUGGUUUUUGUAUCAAAGGUGAAAUAGAUAAGGCUAUUGCAAUGAUAGAUCAUAUGUUAAAUAAUUCUGAAAUAAAGCCGGAUGCUCAUGUUUACACAGUACUUAUACAUGGUUAUAUGAAAAUCAGUGAAUUUGAAAAGGCAAAAAAAAUUUAUGAAGAUAUGAUCAGCAGAAAUAUUAACCCAACAUAUGUAACAUUUGCUGUUUUGAUAGAAGGUUAUACACGAGCUGGAGAGAUUCAAUUUGCUUACAAGAUACUGGAUGAAUUAAUUGUUGAAUUUGAAAAUAAGAAAAUUACUGAUUCUACAAAUUAUAAAUUAAUGAUGGGUGAGAUUGAUCUUCCUCCACAUUUAUUUACACCUCUUAUGAAUGCUUAUGCCAAACAAGGUCAAUUUCAUGUUGCAAAAGAAAUAUUUGACAAAAUGGUAACUCUUGGUAUACCUUAUAAUUCAUACUCAUUUACUGUCCUGAUGGAUGCUUAUUAUAGAGGAGGUAAUCAUCAAGCUGUAUUUAAAAUGUGGGAAGUUUUAUAUGAAAAAUAUUGCUCAAUACGUAAUAGUUUAAUACCAUUAUCAGAGACUUUCAAGUCAAAAAAUAUAAAUCCAGACCUUAUGUUAUUUGAUUCACUUGAAUUAUCAGCAUAUUUAUUGCCUGCCCCAGAACCACCACCCAAUUUUGCACUUUCAAUUAUGAUGAAAGCACUUUCAUCAGCAAAUGAAUUCGAAACUAUAGAAAAUGAGUGGAAUCAACUUGAAAAAAAUGGAUUCAGAUUUGAUUCAGACAAUUAUAAACAUUUUGCACAAAUUCUUUUUAAGUUUGGAAAAGAUGAAAAAGCACAUCAAAUAAUAUCUGAUAAUUUGUCGGAUGAAUGGGAUUAUAAUAAAUUUUCAAUCACUAGGAAAAAUCAAAAUGUUCAAUGA